AUGCGACCGUCAGGACUUUUGAAAAUACAAAUUUAUGUAGAAAUGGCCGCAUUAAGACACCAAUAUGAGGCACAAGAAUUGUUAAUUUUAUCAGAUAAUUCUUCAUUCCAUAAAUCAUCAAUGGAUCUGCCUGCUUUUUGGGGGGAGGUAGAAAAAUGGGCAAUUUACUUUAAUUUUUAUUGUGGUUUCCAUAAAAGUUUAUUUAAAGUGGAAGGCAGAAUUAUUUCCUGCUGCUUAAAUCAAAUGCUAAAAAUAUCUACAGUGCAAAGAGCAAAAUUACCUUACGUUUUCGAACUUCCAUGGAGUUUUGACGAAGAACUCUCAUUUGUUGAAUGCAGUCGACUUCGCUUCUCUGCCGUACUAAGGAAGUAUAAAACUGUGCAAUUAGAAAUGAAAAUAAACAGAGAAACCCACAAAAUUAUCCAAUGCCUCAGUAAUCUUUUAUCUCAUCAUGCUAGUAGUCCUCUACUAGCCCUUAAAACUGUUGUGCCAACCCACCUCGGACCAAUCAGGAUUGAGGAAAGCGUUCUAACUCCUUCAUUUCUUGUUCAUUGGGCGAAGGAAAUAUUUUUAAAAGGUUUAUGGGAUAACAUAGAUCAAGUGAAUAUGAGAAAAAGUUUUAUACGCAGUUCAUACAGCAUCGGUGUUUGUAGAUAUCUCUUUGUCUUAAAUCGCAGAUUCUUCUUACACUGUAAUGAAUUAUUUUGCUUCAUGACCUAUCGUUUAAACAUCCAAUUCAUUCCCAUUGAAAUUAAAAAGGAAUAA